GUCCUGUUUGUGCUGUGGAUGUAACACUUGUUGGCCAGAGCUAGAAAUCCUGCGUGUUCAGCAAGAUGACCUCCUCGGCGAACAUCUAUGUCGACGAUGGUUCCUAUAAUAAGCUUCUGUCCUACCUGAUGGGCCUGGAUCAGCCUCAGCUGGAGGAAUUCAAGAUCUGCCUCCAGUCCUCACAGCUGCUGCUUGGGAACUUCCAGCAGAUACCCUGGGCAAACUUGAAAGCCAUCGAUCCCACUAACCUGUUGUGUCUGUUGAGUGAAUACUUUUCAGAAAGGCAGAUCUGGGAGGUGACCCUCAGCAUCUUUGACAACAUGAACCUGACUUCACAGUGUACAGAAGUUCGAGCGAUGAUGAAUGUCCCAGGCUUACCAGUUGGCCCUGUGGAGAGAGCAUCUGUCACUGGUCAUUUACAGCCUGGGUAUCUCAAUAUCCCACCAUCGCUGUUUAUUGCAGAGCUAGCACAGACACAAGGAUCCCAAGAUCCAAGCCAAGAAGAACCAGAGGUGCCAGAAGAAGAAAAAGACCACAGAAGAAGAUACAGAGAGAGAAUGAAGGCUAAAAUUCUGAUGAUGUGGGACAACAUCCCUUGGCCUGAAGACCAUAUAUACCUGCGCAAUGUGACUGAAAAGGAACAUGAAGGACUGAAGAGCCUCCUGUAUCCUAACAGGACUGGAGCCCAGCCACAGACGAUCGUCUUAGAGGGUCUAGCCGGGGUCGGGAAGACCACCCUGGCAAUGAAGGUUGUGCUGCAUUGGGCAGAGGGCUUUCUCUUUCAUCAGAGAUUCUCCUAUGUUUUCUUUAUCAGCUGCCAUAAAGUUAGAGACAUGAAGGAUACCACAUUCGCUGGCCUGCUUUCCUGGGACUGGCCUGACUCCCAGGCCCCCAUUGAAGCUCUCAUGAGUCGCCCCGAGAGCCUCCUGUUUGUCAUCGAUGGCUUUGAAGAAAUGGACGUGCCCUCCACUUUGGACGAGAGUCCACCAUGUAAAGACUGGUACCAGCAACUCCCAGUCAACAGAAUCCUGUUCUACUUGUUGAAGAAAGAGUUGGUUCCCCUGGCUACCUUACUGAUCACGACCAAGGAGUAUAGAACCACCGAUCUUAAAAAGUUGUUACUGAAUCCAUGGUUUGUACAAAUCGUAGGGUUCACAGAAGGAGACCGGGAGGAGUAUUUCAUCAGGUACUUUGGUGACCAAAACAAAGCUAAGAAAAUCUUGAAUUGGGUAAGAAAGAAUGAAUCUCUCUUUCACUUCUGCUCUGCCCCCAUGGUGUGCUGGACCGUGUGUUCCUGCCUGAAGCGGCAAAUGGCGAGAAAUCCUCACUUCCAGCUAAGCACCCAGACCACCACCAGCCUGUACGUCUACUUUUUCUCCAGCUUGCUCGCCACAGCAGAGGUGAGUUUGUCAGACCAGAGCUGGCCAGAUCAAUGGAGAGCCCUGUGCUCUCUGGCUGCAGAGGGGAUGUGGUUUUGGAAGUUCACAUUUGGAAAGAAGGACCUCAAACACAGGCACCUGGAAGCACCUGUCAUUGGUUCUCUCCUCAGGUUGAAUAUUCUUCGAAAGGUCAGUGAAUGUGAAGAUUGUGUUACUUUCACUCACCAGAGUUUCCAGGUGUUUUUGGGAGCCAUGUUCUAUGUGCUCAGGGGGGUGAGAGGAUCCAUUGGUGGUCCUCCAAAGCACCAGGAGAUGAAGGUGCUUCUGAACGAUGCUUUGGCUGACACAAACUUCUACUGGAACCAGAUGGCUCUGUUUUUCUUUGGCCUUUUAAAAAGAAACCUCGCAGAAGAACUGGAAGAUACUUUGCGUUGUAAAAUGAGUCAUAGGACAACGGAUGAAUUACUAGAAUGGGCAGAUGAAUUAGAAAGCUAUGACCUCGUCUCCAGCUGUUUUGAAUUCCUACACUUCUUUGAGUGCUUAUAUGAGACUCGGGAGGAAAACUUUGUAAGGCAGAUUUUGAGUCAUCUCCUUGAAGCUGACAUCGAUAUCUUUGGGAGUCUACAACUCCAAGUGUCUUCGUUUUGCCUAAAACACUGUCAAAGGCUAAGUAAGCUAAGGCUUUCUGUCAGCAGUGCUAUCCCUCAGACGGAACUGACUUUCAACUUGGAAACUCUGGAGACAAGGCCACAUUCCAAGAUACGUCAGUGGCAGGAUGUUUGCUCCGUGUUUUCCAAUGGGAAUCUGACUGAGCUGGACUUCAGUAACAGCAAGCUUAACGCUUUUUCAAUGAAGAAACUCUGUUACGAACUGAGAAAUCCAAGGUGCAAACUCCAAAAACUGACGUGCAAAUCAAUAACUCCUGUGAGGAUUCUGAAGGAACUUGUCCUUGUCCUGUAUGGUAACCACAGGCUGACACACCUGAACUUGAGCUCGAACAACCUGGGAAUUCCCGUGUCCACGAUGAUCUUUAAAACCUUGAGGCACUCAGCCUGCAACAUCCAGUAUCUGUGGUUGGAAUCCUGUGGCCUCACCCCUCUAGCCUGUCGUCAUCUCUUUCUGGAGCUCAGCAAGAACUCGAGUGUGCGCUUCCUCAGCCUGGGGGACAAUGAUCUCUCUGGUGUUGAGGUGAAAAGUCUGCAGGGGCCCUCGGAGAUGCCCGAGUCUUCCCUGAAGGAGUUGUCCCUGGAGAAAUGCAACCUGUCAGCAGCCAGCUAUCAGGAUCUAGCUUUGUACCUCACCAGUACCCAGAGAACAAGUCGACUGUGCCUGGGAUUUAAUCCGCUCAGAGACGAGGGCGUGAGGCUCUUGUGUGCUUCCCUGACUCACCGCGAGUGUGCCUUAGAGAGAUUGGUGCUCUGGUUCUGCCAGCUCGGUACAUCCAGUUGCAAGUACUUGUCAGAUGCUCUCCUCAAGAACAAGAGUUUGACCCAUCUGAACCUGAGGAAGAAUAACCUGAGAGAUGAGGGAGUGAAGUUUCUGUGUAAGGCCCUGAGUCAUCCGGACUGCAGCCUCCAGAACCUGGAUUUGUCAGAUUGUUCUUUCACAGCGGAAGGCUGUCAGGAGCUUGCUAAUGCCCUCCAGCAUAAUUGUAACAUGAAAAUUUUGGAUAUCGGGAGCAAUGACAUUCAGGAUGAUGGAGUGAAACACCUGUGUGAGGUCCUAAAACAUCCGAAGUGUGCAUUGAACACGCUUGGGUUGGAGAAAUGCAAUCUGACACCUGCUUGCUGCCAGUAUCUCUCCUCUGUUCUCAGAAGCAGUAAAAGCCUGUUUAACCUGAACCUUUUGGGGAAUGACUUGGAGCCCAGAGGAGUCAGCACACUGUGGAAGGCCUUGAAAAAAUCAACCUGCAAACUACAGAAGCUUGGGCUUGAAAAAGAGUUGUAUAACAUAGUGAAGGGGGAGCUCGAGGAAUUGCAGGAGAGGGGGUCCUUUCUGAGAGUCAAGUGUAAGUGGGAUUUCAAUGACCUUGAGGACAAAUGGUGGUGGUGAUCCAAUGGCUACACUAUGGGAUGUUCUUGGAGUAGAAUCGCCAGGAGAUUUAUCAGGUGUUGCUGCUCUUGAGGACAAAUGAGCAGUUACCUCCAGAGUGCUUUCCCACAAUUUGUUGUAAGCAGCAUAUUUAAAUACCCAAUCUCCAGAAUCCUAAUCUAAUACUACAUUUGGCCCCAAGAGCCUACAUUGGCUUUGCCUUAACUUUCCUUUUGUCUUUCUUGGUGUAAUGUCUUUA